AAAUUGGUUCAAAAAUAUUGCAGGGAAAAUUUAACCUGGCGAGACAUACCCCGAUUGAAAGUGCGAGUCAAUGGGUGCAGGUUCAAGUCGAAGGAAGUUUGAAUCCCUCACAUCCCUCUCCAAAGAGGAGAAAGAGGGGUUACAGCAUCUUUUCAGUAAUAUUUCUUCGGGGAACCAUGAAACGAAUGCUGGCCACAUGGAGGCAUAUAUCAAGAAAUGGACAACGGAGUAUAUGUCAAGAGUGUUGCUGAAGAGCAUGCUUGCAAUAGAGGGGAAACAGGGACAAGUAUCCUUGAUAACAUUUGCAGAACUAGCAUCAUUGGUACUGAAGAUGUCUGUGGACAAUGAAACUGAUUUCAUUCUCAAGAGCAUUGGUGAUCCCCCACAGAGUCAGCAUUUGAAGGAGUAUGUGAAGAAUAUGUUUCAGUCGUAUGCAAAGUGUGCAGCAGACUCAGCAGAAUUGUCAAAGUGGUCAUUUCAGUCUGAAGAGGCAGAGGCUGAACGCUUUGCUGAAUAUAUUUUGCAAGACCUAGUGUUUGAAAAGAUGUCUUUGAAAGCAUGUUUUGAUGAAGAAUUUCCUCUGCGAGAGAUCACCCGGGACAAAUUGGAAAGGUGGUACCUGGAAAGCCAACUUUUUCCAAAGUUACAACAGACUGUGUUCUCUCGUGUAUUUCUUGGCAAAUCACAGCCGUCUAUGGUUCCACUACCAGUGCAGGCUGAUUCAGUGAGGGCUGCAUCAAUCUUGAAGCUAGCAGAUGUUCUCACUUUGAAUAGUGGUAUUCCAGUGGAGUACAGAAAGAAAUGGAGGCUGCUCUUCUCAACAAGGCUUCAUGGAGAAAGCUUCUCAACUCUUUUGGGCAAGAUUAUGAGGAAGGGAGCUACAUUGCUAAUCAUCAGAGAUAAGACUGCUUGUGUUUUUGGAGGAUAUGCACCUAUUAGUUGGUCAUGUGGACCAAAGUAUUUUGAUUGCUACCAUCCUAAUCCUUGGGAUGGCAGCACUGGAUAUAAUUCCAACUAUCUUUAUUUGAACACCAACCAGAAAACAAUGCCCAAUGGUUUGGGAUUUGGAGGACGGUUGGAAUAUUUUGGACUAUGGCUUGAUAGUGAAUUUGGAACAGGAAGAGCUAAUGCUUCAUGCACUACAUACCACAGUCCCCAGUUAUGCAAGAGUCAAGAAUUUUACAUUGACCACAUGGAGGUCUGGGGAGUAGGGGAGGAGCCUGAGGUUGAUGAGACUGAACGAGCUAGUGUGCUGGAUGUGGAUCCAGAAGCCAAAGCCUUGUUGGAAAUGGCAGGGAGAAGAAUGGCAAGUGAUGGAAUCCGAGAGAGUGAUGCCAAAGACAAAUAACCUAUGAAUACAGUUUUUUCUUCAUUUGUCAUUCCUUACACCAGUGAUGAGAGGUGAAAUUCCAAAUUGAAUGUCCUGUGAU